AUGAACGGCGGUUUUGGGCCGCUUCCUCAGGUAACCUGGCUGUUACUGACGCAAUCAAGAAACUCUCGUCGCAUUUGUACCUCAGUUCGUGUUUUCAGGCGGAUAAGGAGGUGCCGAAGCCCACGGCGUCCAUCUUCCGCGUCCAAGGAAACGGCAUCGCUUUGGUUCGUCCACUUUUCGAUUUUUGAAAAUGAUCAUUUGGCAAGUUAUCGAAACCCAUCUACUAUCAAGUAGAGAAGAAAUGUUUAAAACGAUUCCAGCUUGACAAUCUUACAAGCUGAAUACCCUGCUAUACAACUCGUUUGCCAAAAACUUUUUAGUGUAGUAAAUAAAUGUUUUAAAAGUAUGAAACAAAAGUUUUUGACUUUCAAGAAAGGAUAUUUAAUUUUUUGGCUCCACCUUUUUAUCGCGCGCUGAGGCUUGGAGACGUCGUUUUUCUGAAAAACGUGAAAUUCUAAAUUACCCUCAUAGUUCAAGGUACUUUCAUUUCGAGAUACAUGGAACUUCAAAUCAAUCGAAAGUACUAAGAAAAUACAGAGUUGUGCAAAAUAUUUGAUGAUUUUUCUAACCUUCAGACCUCGACUACAUCAGCAAAAGAAGUUACGGCGCCACAGACUGCCGCAAAAGUCGAGGACAGUCCGUCGCUUAUAACCUCGGGCCUCGUCGCGGGCUCAAAAUCGCAGAACAACAACGACAUCAUGAUCGAGACCCUGAGCGCUGAGGAAGCCGCCUCCCACGAUGCCAGAGUCUCUUUCGACCGCACUCCGUUGCUUUCUCAACGAAGCCUUUGCAGAACUGCGUGCAAAUGCUGCGAACAGACGUCGCCGAAGGGCUGACGACGGCAGAGGCGACUCGACGCCGUCAGUACCACGGCUACAACGAGUUCGAAGUCGGCGAGUCCGAGCCGCUUUGGAAGAAGUACCUGGAACAGGUUGGCAAUGAAUGGAAGUAGAAUGACUAACUCAUUCGGAGGCUUGGCAAUAAAAAACCAAUAAAUGUUUCUCAUAUCUAGAACUCAUAUCUGAAAUUAAUCUAAGGAAUUGCGAUUUCUAGGGAAAAUGUAGGCGCAGCUAUGAAGGCAAGAAUUGUGGACAUUUCAGUUUCAAAACCCUCUGAUUCUACUUCUGCUCGCUUCGGCAGUCGUUUCCAUCAUCAUGCGACAGUUCGACGACGCCAUCAGCAUCACGGUGGCCGUCGUCAUCGUGGUGACUGUGGGAUUCAUCCAAGAAUACCGUUCGGAAAAGACCCUCGAACAGCUCAACAAACUGGUUCCUCCCACUUGCCAUGUGUAUUUCGUCUCCAAGGAAGGCAGUGUCGAAGAGUUGGAAAUUCAGGCUGAGAGAUGGACGCGAGUAUCCGAUUCUGGCUCGCGAGCUCGUCCCCGGCGACGUCGUAUUGCUCAACACUGGAGAUAGGGUAUCCGUUCGGAUCACCGUCUUAUUGUUUUCCUCACUUCAUUCAGAUACCCUCCGACUUACGUCUUGCUGAAUCUUUCUCUUUGCAAAUCGAUGAAAGUUCGUUGACGGGAGAAACGGAGCCAAAACAUAAGGUUUCAAAUUAAAAAUCAACUGAUUAAAAUUUUUUCCUUUUUAUGUUCUAUAACAAAAACAAAGGAGAUCAUUCUAGGUUUCAAGUAUGCUUCAAAAGAUAAAUUUUUACAAUUCGCGUUGUUUUCACAAUUCUAUCUUUGAAUUGAAUUAGUCGUUAUUAACCUCUAAAAGCCUGAGAAAAAUCGCCGAUAAGAGUAAGAUAACCUUUCUCAAGGACACUGAUCGAGUGGCUUCUGCGAAAACCGACGUCAAUGGCGGCCAUGUCGAGCAUCUGACCUGCAUCGCCUUCAUGGGAACUCUUGUCUGCUCUGGUCGCGGCCGAGUCGAAAUAAAUAAUCACUUUUUAUUUCAUCUCUUUCUUUCAGGGCGUUGUCAUUUCAACAGCUGCCAACUCGCAUUUCGGAGAAGUCUUCAAAAUGAUGCAAAGCGAAGAAUCACCGAAGACGCCGCUGCAAAGGAACAUGGAUGAGCUCGGUAAACAACUGUCGUUCUACUCCUUUGGAGUGAUCGGCGUCAUUUUUGUCAUCGGACUCGUUCAGGGCAGAAAUGCUCUCGACAUGUUUACCAUUGGUGUGAGGUCCGUGAUAUGGUGUCCUGAGAGCAAACUUCAUUCCGAUUAUUUCAGUUUGGCAGUGGCGGCGAUUCCGGAAGGGCUACCUAUCGUCGUCGCCGUGACGUUGGCCAUCGGUAAAUUUGAGUUGCGAAGGAGACGGAAUCCUGACUUCAGGAGUGAUGAGGAUGGCGUCACGUCGUGCGGUUGUCAAAAAAAUGCCGGCCGUAGAGACUCUCGGCUGCGUCACAGUGAUCUGCUCAGACAAAACUGGAACUUUGACCAAGAACGAGAUGACGGCGACUUGCGUCGUGACACCCGAAGGCCGCUCCGCUGAAGUCCGUUCAAGCUCAUGUUUCCGAUUCUCUUUUUCUUGAAGGUGUCCGGCAUCGGCUACACUUCUGAUGGCGGCGUGUGCUCGUUCAACGGAGAAAUGAUUCGGCAGUUUAGUCAUCCCGAGUUCUCCGUCAUCAUUGAGGUUCGAGGGCUUUAGGACGUCUUCUAGAGCAAAAAAAAAACAAGCACAAAGAUUAGAUUCAGUUUAAAAAAAUUAUUUAUUUUCCGGAGUUGUGAAUGCCGAAGAAAAGUUUUUUUCCGCCAGCCAGGUAACAGAAAGCUUAAUGAGGGAGGUCGUUUUAUUUGGAGGUUGGAAAUUCAUUGUAAAUUUGCUCCAAUACUCUUCCAAGAUAACAUCUCCAGAAAAUUUCAGCUUUGGAAGUAUUCAAGGUACCAGUCCUAAAAGUGAACUUUCAAAUUUCUUGUAGCAAAGAAUUCAUAUAAAAUCUUUUUCUCGUGAGCGGGAAAUACCAUAAAUUCUCACUCGAUUGGAAAAAGGGCGGUUUGAGGCUGGAGUUGUUUGCAACAACGCGUCGGUAGAAGGCGACAAAGUUAUCGGACAGCCGACAGAGGGCGCUUUGGUGGUAUUGGCGAAGAAGGCAGGACUCUCGGACUGUCGCCAACGGUACGCACGGCUCAGAGAGAUGCCCUUCUCCUCGGAUACCAAGUGGAUGGGCGUUCAGUGCGACUCUAGUGUUGGUUUCCGAGCCUCUUUCUGAGUAACGCCCAUUUUCAGACUGGCAACGUCUUCUUCAUAAAAGGGGCUUUGGACCGGGUCAUGGAUCAGUGCGACGCUUACUUGGGACCUGAUGGAUUGAGAAAGGUGACAUUUCCUCACUCACUAGGUUAUUCCCCCUCAUUCAAGGUUCUCGAUGGGUUUGCGCGUCAGAGGAUUCUGGAGACUGGGAAAGGCUUGGGAUACAAUGGACUGCGAGGUUGGUUCCGAAGAGAGGUCGCAUUCGAUUCGAGGCAUUCAGUCCUGGGGCUGGCGCGAGGGGAGCAGAUGCAGUCGUUGACGCUGCUCGGAAUGGUCGGCAUGCUCGACCCGCCUCGACCUGGCGUCAGCGAGGCCAUCGCCGUCGUCAAGGCCAGCGGCGUCGACGUGAAGCUUAUCACAGGCGACGCCAUGGAAACCGCUCAGAGCAUUGGUAUAUCUUUUUAUAUCGCUUUUUUUCGCAGUUGAUAUUCAGCAAUGUCUUAUUAUUCCUUUCUUUCUUUUAUCAUUCUGAAUAUCGAAAAUUACGUUCACUCGGUCAUUGUUUUUUCACCGUAGGAACAGCUAUAUUGAUUCUUCAUUAUAAUCGAAUGAAAUCAUUUUGUAAUCAAAGAUUCUCAAAACAUGUUUUCAGGACACAGACUGGGCGUUUUGUCCUCCUCUGACACAUGUCUCUCGGGCCAGCAAGUCGAUCAGAUGAGCGAACAAGACCUAGAACUUAUCAUCCGACAAGUUGGAGCGUCAAAGGGCUGAAAAUACCCCGUUUUCAGGUGACAGUGUUCUACCGAGCGUCGCCUCGUCACAAGCUCAAAAUCGUGAAGGCUCUGCAAUCCGUCGGCGAAGUCGUGGCGAUGACGGGAGAUGGCGUCAACGACGCGGUAGCGCUCAAGAAGGCCGACAUCGGAGUCGCGAUGGGACUUGGAGGAACCGACGUUUGCAAAGGUGCGAAGGCAUCUCCGACAAGUCCUUUUCAGACUCACUGGCUUUUUGAGUUUUGCCAAGCCAGGUGUAAACUGACCCUUUUUUUAAAAAGUGAAUUAGAUUAGAAAACAUUCUGUUCCAAUUAUUUAAUCGGAAAAAUCAAAAUCCCAAUUCAAAUGAACCUUGCUUCUUGAAAAACGAUUAAAAAGGCGAUUUUCUGAUUUUAAAAACUCCAGAGAUAAACUAACAAGGACGGUAAUCUAACUAUGCUUUUGGGAUUCCCCGGAAAGUUGGUCUGAAUACUCCUUGAGCUACCAAAAGAAGGUUCUGAAAGUUUCAACCUGCACAAAUCCCUAGUUUUCGAAAAAGAACACCUCGAAGUCGAAGAAAACUCAAAAUUCUUUAAAAUAGGCCAACUUUUAGGAUUUUAGCUCUCAUUUCUCAAAAACCCGGGAUUUGUUCAGGCUGAAACUUUCAGGAUAUUUUUUUGGUACAUCAAAUAGUGUUUCAGCCAAUUUUCAAGAAAUUCCUUCCUUGUAAGCAAAGUUUUCCUCACAAGAAAAGUUAAGAAUUUGAAAUUUACGAACUUUCCUACAGCGAAAGGCGUUUCGAGUCUUUGAGUCUUUCAGUUUCUUAGUUCAGAAGCGGCCGACAUGAUUCUAUGUGACGACGACUUUUCGACCAUGACGUCGGCUAUUGAGGAAGGAAAAGCCAUUUAUCACAACAUCACGAAUUUCGUCCGGUUCCAGCUUUCAACGUAUCUUCCUACUUCUUCUGAAAAAUGAGCGAAUCUCAAAAGUAGAAAAAAACAAUCGAUGCGUUUCUAUGAGCUAAAUGAAAAUAUUUGAUUUAUUUUUUUUUUGACUUCUUAAAAAUUUUUUGAAGAAAGAAAAAAAAUAUUAGACUGAAAUGAAUGAACCUUGACUCGAACAAACGGCGUUAAUUUCUUACUGGGACAGUUGUUCAGAAGCGUGGCGGCGCUGUCGUUGAUAGCGGCCUCGACGAUGUUCCACUUCGAGAAUCCCCUGAACGCGAUGCAGAUCCUCUGGAUCAACAUCAUCAUGGACGGGCCGCCGGCGCAGUCGCUGGGCGUCGAGCCGGUCGACGACGACAUCAUCCGUCAGAAGCCCAGAAACACGAGACAGCCCAUGAUCACCGGCGAGUCCGACUCUGGCUGCUCCAAAUAUCCAGCUCUUUCAGGAAAACUCAUUAUCGACAUUCUCUCAUCUGCUGCCAUCAUCGUCGUCGGAACUCUCUUCGUGUUCUACAAAGAGGUUUUGUACUUUGGUCCAACAUAAAAACGAAGGUUGUUUUGUAAUCCGAAAAAUACACUAAAGGUAACUUCAUCGGCUGGAUCCCAACCCCGACUUUUUGUUUGAGGGGGUAGGCCGCACUUUGAGGGGGUUGGCCGCACUUCGGGGGACGGUGGAAGGCCGCACUUUUUUUGUGGGAGGUCGCCCUUUUUGAGGGGUAGGCUGCAGUUUCCGCAGUUUGAUGGGUAGGCCGCAGUUUGAGGGUGUAGGCCGCAGUUUGAACAGGGUAGGCCGCAGAUUGAGGGGGGUAGGCCGCACUUUGAGGGGGUUGGCCGCACUUCGGGGGACGGUGGAAGGCCGCACUUUUUGGGGGGAGGUCGCCCUUUUUGGGGGGUAGGCGGCACCCCGGGGUGGGAUCAAGUCGAUAUAUGCGGUAAAUUGACGAACUCGCAAACAUCUAGUUUCUAGGCGCGAUUCUCUCGCUUUUUUACGCCUCAAGAAAAAAAAAAUGAAAACUCCAAAAUGCGCUGUCGCGCCUAUACAAAUGCGGGGUCGUCGCACCUAGAAAAAUGCGAGGUCGCGCUUAUUUCCUUUAGCUGCGAUUGAUCUUGACCAAAGAAUAACUAAGAAAUUGAAUUUUAUAAUAUUGAACUUCUACUUAAGAUGUCGGCAGACAACAAAAUCACUCCACGCGAUACAACAAUGACGUUCACUUGUUUCGUGCUCUUCGACAUGUGGAACGCUCUCAGUUGCAGAAGCUCUAGGAAACUCAUUUACCAGAUCGGCAUCCUCAGGUCCUUUGUCAACGAUCGCCAUGUACCCUCACAAUCUUGUAGAAAUCGCAUGUUCUGCUUCGCAGUGUCAGCCUCGCUUAUAUGCCAACUUCUGGUGAUAUACUGGUCUCCUUUGCAACACGUCUUCCAGACCGAGGCCCUGUCCUUUUUCGGUCAGUUUGUUAUCUAUUUACUCCCGGAAAAGCUUGAUAUUUCCUUCCAAACAGCUGAAAAUAAUUGAUUCAAUUUUCAGAUUUGGUUUUCUUGACAACAAUGACGUCAUCUGUUUUCAUUUUCAACGAAGCGCGCAAGUUUUUCCGGAUGCGCUCGAAGCCGUUCAGCCAUGAUUCACUCGCUGGAAACGACAUUUAA